GUCAGCGCGGCUGCUUAAGUAAAUCAGUCAUCAGACUUGGGUAGGCUCCUUGACUGCUGCGGCUGAAGGGAAAAAACACGUCAGGGAAAGGAGCUCAUGGAAGGGAAGGGCGAAAUAGGCUGCGAAAUGCACUGCUUCUCUCGUUAUCCUUCGAAAGCAAUGGAAAACCCUGAAGUCAUCGUGAGCAGCUGCGGCUCACAUGAUGAUGAAAAUCUUUACAGCUAUAAAGGACAACAUUCAAUCUGUCAGGAAUUGCUUUUGGAAGACCAGCUGAGAAGGAAACUUAAAUUCUUCUUCAUGAACCCUUGUGAAAAAUUUUGGGCCCGAGGGCGAAAGCCCUGGAAACUUGGGAUACAGCUUCUGAAAAUAGCGAUGGUUACCAUCCAGCUGGUUUUUUUUGGGCUAAGCAAUCAGAUGGUGGUUGCUUUUAAAGAAGAAAACACAGUGGCUUUUAAACACCUCUUUCUGAAAGGCUACACGGACAGAAUGGAUGACACCUAUGCAGUGUACACACAAGUGGAGGUUUAUGAUCAGAUCUUCUUUGCAAUAAAUCAGUACUUACAGCUGCGCAACAUAUCUGUUGGAAAUCAUGCAUAUGAGAAGAAAGGAGCAGAAGAGACAGCCAUGGCAAUAUGCCAGUACUUCUACAAACGAGGCACCAUUUGCCCUGGAAACGAUACUUUUGAUAUUGAUCCAGCAAUUGAAACUGAAUGUUUUUAUGUGGAGCCAAUGCAGCCACUGGAAAAUGGGACACUGAGAAGGGGCGCUUUCAACUUCACUCUUGACUUCCAUAGACUUGUGACUGUGCAGCUCACGUUCAAACUGAAGGCCAUCAAUCUUCAGACGGUUCGUCACCACGAACUUCCAGAUUGCUAUGAUUUUACCCUGACAAUAGUGUUUGAUAACAAAGCACAUAGUGGAAGAAUUAAAAUAAGCCUCGACAAUGAUAUUGCAAUUAAGGAAUGCAAAGAAUGGCAUGUUUCUGGGUCAAUACAGAAGAAUACCCACUACAUGAUGAUCUUUGAUGCUUUUGUCAUAUUGACAUGUUCAGCAUCACUGGUUCUUUGCACACGAUCUGUGAUUAGAGGAAUUCGUCUACAAAGGGAAUUUGUGGCCUUUUCUCUGCAUCAUUAUAAUAAAGAAGUAUCUUUCAGCGAUCAGAUGGAAUUUGUCAAUGGAUGGUAUAUCAUGAUCAUUGUUAGUGAUGUUCUAACUAUAACUGGUUCUACGCUGAAGAUGGAAAUACAGGCAAAGAGUCUAACAAGCUAUGAUGUCUGCAGUAUCCUGUUGGGCACCUCUACCAUGCUUGUGUGGCUUGGAGUGAUUCGCUACCUAGGUUUCUUUCAGAAGUAUAAUCUUCUAAUUUUGACCCUUCGUGCAGCGCUGCCCAAUGUAAUUAGAUUCUGCUGUUGUGCUGCUAUGAUUUAUUUGGGCUAUUGUUUCUGUGGCUGGAUUGUACUGGGUCCAUAUCAUGUUAAGUUCCGUUCUUUGAAUAUGGUUUCUGAAUGUCUCUUCUCUUUAAUAAAUGGAGACGACAUGUUUGCUACAUUUGAAAAGAUGCAGCAGAAAAGUUAUUUGGUUUGGUUAUUUAGUCGGAUCUACCUCUACUCCUUCAUCAGUUUGUUUAUCUACAUGGUGUUGAGUCUCUUCAUUGCUCUUAUUACCGACACGUAUGAAACUGUUAAGCAUUACCAGCAAGAAGGCUUUCCAGAGACAGAACUCCAUGCAUUUAUAGCACAAUGCAAAGAUCUACCAAACUCAGGAAGGUACCGAUUAGAAGAAGAGAGUCCCAUAACACUCUUCUGUUGUUGUAAAAGGUCUUAAACAUAUUGACAAGAAUAAUUGAAAACUCCUGGAUUACACACUAAUUGCAAAGUUCUGUACAUAAGGCACAAAACUCCACUGUUUAAUGUUCUUGCAGCAUUUAUAUAGCGAAUUUUUAAUCUGACUGUAUAUAAACUCUGAGUUCUAGUUAACUUAUGACAUUCACUAGUAGUGAAGAGCAAUGCAAUGGAAAAAUGCCUGUGAUACUGCAUGGUAGUCAUGAUCUCAGCCCAACUGGCAUGUUUGGAUGAAUGUCCACUAAAUGUCUUACACACAUUGCUUUUUCAAGGUGUUUUGUUUAUUACAGUUCUCUGUACAUGGCUAUACUAGCUGCAAAGACUAGUAUAGUUGGAAGCUCAAGUUGCCUCACUGUUGUUCAGCUGACAAUAUUGAACAGUGCUUUGUCCAGAGUCAACAAAAAUACAAGGAUUAAAACACAUUGAAUUGAAUGUUCUGGUUUUUUGCACCAACCAUUGUUGUCCAGACAACAAGAAGAAAAUGAAGUGGGAGAGAGAGAGAGAGAGACUUACAGUAAAAUGGAAUGCCUUUUUUCUUUCAAAUGUAGUGUAAAAUACUUGUUUUUGUAUUUCUGUCCAUAUUAAACAGGUGCAGACUGUUUGCAAUAACAUAAGAGGAAGUACAUAGAACUAACCAGAAAUAUGUUCUGAACAUUUUGUGCAGUUUUAGAUUUUAAAGCUGCUAAACAGUGGCCCAGAAUCUUGAUGUUGACGCAGAUUUUUUAGAUGCGUUAUUUGCUAUCCUCUUAGCUACUUGGAAAACAGACAAGAAAAAAAGGAAAAAAUUUUAUAGACUUUUAAAGACUUCAGAUGUAAAAGCAGUAAUCACAGCAGGGUGCUGAAUGAACAGCAAGGUAUUUUUAUGUACUGUGUACAAGCUUUGAAAACAUUAUGUACUGUUCACUUUUUGUAGAAAGAUGCUGUAGUGGUUAUUGUAUUAAACUUUGUAGUUAAUUGAUACUGACGUGAAGAGUAAAAAUUUAAUUGGCA